AUGCUCGCCUCCGUAGCCUCCGUCUUCCUCCUCGCCGUCUCCGCGGCCAACGCCGCCCUGACCUACAAGGGCGCCGACUGGUCCUCGGUCACCAUCGAGGAGAAGGCCGGCAUCAACUACAAGAACUCGGCCGGCGCCUCCCAGUCGCUCGAGGUCAUCCUCAAGGGCGCCGGCGUCAACUCGGUCCGCCAGCGCGUCUGGGUCAACCCUUCCAACGGCGACUACAACCUCGACUACAACCUCGCCCUCGCCAAGCGGGCCAAGGCCCAGGGCCUCUCCGUCUACCUCACACUGCACUUCAGCGACACCUGGGCGGACCCGAGCAAGCAGGGCAUCCCGUCCGGCUGGCCCACCGAUAUUGAGAACCUCAGCUGGCGCCUGUACAACUACACGCUGCAGGUCAGCAACGCCUUCCAGAGCGCCGGCGUGCCCCCGGCCAUCAUCAGCAUCGGCAACGAGAUCCGCGCGGGUCUGCUCUUCGAGACGGGCCGCACGUCCAACAUGUACAACGUCGCCCGCCUGCUCAACUCGGCCGCCUUUGGUAUCAAGGACUCGACCCUAAGCCCCAAGCCCAAGAUCAUGAUCCAUCUCGACAACGGCUGGGACUGGAACACGCAGAACACGUGGUACACCAACAUGCUUGCCCAGAACCAACUGACGCUCGCCAACUUCGACAUGAUGGGCGUCUCGUACUACCCCUUCUACAAUAGCGCCGCCACUCUGGCCUCCCUCAAGACCAGCUUGACCAACAUGGCGAGUAAGUGGGGUAAGGAGAUUGUCGUUGCCGAGACGAACUGGCCUACCGCGUGCCCGAGCCCGAAGUACGCCUUCCCGAGCGACCUGAAGGACAUCCCGUUCUCCGCGGCCGGACAGACGACCUUUAUGACGAGACUUGCGGCCGUUGUUGCUGGAAUUAGCAAGGGAACUGGAAUCUGGUAUUGGGAACCAGCAUUUAAGUCGCUUCUUUGA